AGCAAGCAUUGUGGUGUAUAAAAGCACAAGACUCCUCUCGCAAAACUCCAAUAAAAGACAUCAUCAGCCUUUACUCAUUUAUCAAAACAUCAAAACCACUCUUAAACCCACGAAAUCUAGUCUGUGACAUCAUGCACUUCACUGCAGCGACUGUUGUGGCGGUUGCCACUGCCGUCUUGGCAUCGGAGAACAUUGCCAUUCCCCUGCGCAAGGUUCACAACGUCGGUUCUGUCAAGAACCUUGUUGACCGAGGCAGCGCCAAGCUUCGCCAUAUCAACAGCAAGACUGUCUCUGCUAGAGCCUCUGCCCCUGUCACCAACGAUGUUGUCAGCUACGUCGCCUCUGUGACUGUUGGUGCCAGCUCCUACAGCCUCAUUGUCGACACUGGAUCGUCCAACACUUGGGUUGGUGCCCAGUCUGCCUACGCCCCUGGCCCCAACAGCCAGGACACCGGCAACUCCGUCUCUGUCAGCUACGGUUCCGGUUCCUUCUCCGGUGAAGAGUACACCGACGCUGUCACCUUUGCCGGCCUCACUGUCAAUGCGCAGUCUAUUGGUGCUGCCUCGAACUCUCAGGGCUUCAGCGGCGUUGACGGCAUCUUCGGUGUUGGUCCCGUGGACCUGACCCAGAACACCGUUACCAACACGGCCAGCGUACCUACCUUUUUGGACAACCUUUACAGCCAGGGCACCAUCAGUAGCGAGGUUCUCGGCGUUUCGUUCCGCCCUGAGUCUGGUAGCGAUACCAGCGACACUAAUGGUGAACUUACCCUUGGUGGUACUGACAGCAGCAAGUACAAGGGCUCCAUCAGCUACUUCCCCUCCCCCGGCCCUUACUGGGGAGUCUCUGUUUCUUCCUUCACCUACGGCACCAAGAGCCUCGGCUCUGGCUCCGGUAUUGUUGACACUGGCACCACCCUGAUUUACAUCCCCACCUCUGCCUACAAUGCUUUCUUGUCCGCUGCUGGUGGCAAGACUGACAGCUCCAGCGGUCUGGCUGUAUUUUCCAAGGCUCCCACCUCUAACUUUUCCCUCAAGAUCAACGGUGUCACUUACACCCUCACUCCUGCCCAGUACCUUGUCCCACAGGCUGAGUACAGCCUCUUUGGCCUCACCUCUGGCAAGUACUACGCCUGGAUCAACAACGGUGGUAGCUCUGGCGUCAACACCAUCAUUGGUCAGAAGUUCCUUGAGAACUACUACUCCGUUUACGACACCAACAACGCCCGUGUUGGUUUCGCUGCCAACGCUUAAGCGAUGACCACCAUUGCCUUGCCACCUCUCUAGCUAGCAUGUUCUUCUGCAAGUGUCACUAAAAUUCUAAAGAGGAAAAAUGUAUAUAUGGGCUUAUUUUGGAAUAUUUAUAUAGUUGGAAUGAUGUGGCCAGGAAUGUGUAAUUAGCUACUGUAGCUAGAGCAGAAGUCUUCAAUAUAGCCACCAUCACCCGAACCGCUCUGGUGCGCAAUUAGUAUCUAAAUAUUUUACUGUAG